UCUUUGUUUCCAGUGGGGAAAAAUAAUAACAGCGACAUAUACCACAGGCACUUUAUUUAUUAUCUUUGUCCGUAUACACAAGAAAACUGGAUAAGAUUACAGUGGUUACUCGAAGGCCAAAGCCAAGGGGAGGAGGAUGAAGCGGCGCAAUGCGGACUGCAGCAAACUCCGACGGCCGUUAAAACGGAACCGAAUCACUGAGGGUAUAUACGGCAGUACCUUCCUGUACCUGAAGUUCCUGGUGGUGUGGGCACUGGUGCUACUGGCAGAUUUUGUACUGGAGUUCAGGUUUGAGUACCUCUGGCCAUUCUGGCUCUUCAUCCGGAGUGUGUACGACUCCUUCAGAUACCAGGGGCUGGCCUUCUCAGUAUUCUUUGUGUGUGUGGCGUUUACCUCGGACAUCAUUUGCCUCCUCUUCAUCCCAGUGCAAUGGCUAUUUUUUGCUGCCAGUACCUAUGUGUGGGUGCAGUAUGUUUGGCACACAGAGAGAGGUGUCUGUCUGCCAACUGUGUCUCUAUGGAUACUUUUUGUGUACAUAGAGGCAGCCAUCAGAUUCAAAGACCUGAAGAACUUCCAUGUGGAUCUGUGUCGUCCUUUUGCUGCACACUGCAUUGGCUACCCAGUGGUCACGCUGGGCUUCGGCUUCAAGAGCUAUGUAAGCUAUAAGAUGCGCCUUCGAAAGCAGAAGGAGGUACAGAAGGAGAACGAGUUUUACAUGCAGCUCCUGCAGCAGGCUCUGCCUCCAGAGCAACAGAUGCUUCAGAGGCAAGAGCGAGAAGCAGAAGAAGCAGCAGCAGCAGCUAAAGGAAUAUCUGAAGUGGACACACCGCCAGUGUCACAGAAUGGCACACCAGCCAAUAAAAAGACAUCGGCACCACUGCCGGAGUUAGAGUAUAGAGAAAAAGGGAAAGAGGGAAGAGGUGGUGGGGAGGCUAAAAAGCAGCACAACAGCAACAGCAUCCUGCCAUCUUCAGUGGACUCUAAACUCCAAGAGAUGGAGUAUAUGGAGAACCAUAUGAACAACAAGAGACUGACCACAGAGCUGGGCAGCACAGAGAACCUGUUGCUUAAAGAGGACAACAAUUCCUCCUGUUCCUCCUCAUCCUCCUCCUCCUCCAAAAACUACAAAAAUGCUAGCAGCAAUGCCGCAACGCUCAACUCCUCGCCCCGCGGCCAUAACGCUACCAACGGCAGUGUGCCCUCCUCCGCACCAUCAUCCUCCUCUUCGACGGGGAAGAACGAGAAGAAGCACAAGUUAGCAGUGGGGAAGGGAACGUCGGGCGGCUCCCACAGGGAUCCAACAGACAACUGUAUCCCCAACAACCAGCUGAGCAAGCCAGAAGCACUUGUUAGAUUGGAGCAGGAUGUUAAGAAGUUGAAGGCAGACCUGCAGGCCAGCCGGCAGGUUGAGCAGGACCUGCGCAGCCAGAUUGGUUCGCUGGGCAGUGCUGAGCGCUCCAUACGCACUGAGCUGGGCCAACUGCGCCAGGAGAACGAGCUGCUGCAGAACAAGCUCCAUAAUGCUGUGCAAGCAAAGCAAAAGGACAAACAGGCAGUGGGACAACUGGAGAAGAGGCUUAAAGCAGAGCAGGAGGCUCGGGCCACCGCAGAAAAACAGCUCGCAGACGAAAAGAAGCGAAAGAAGUUAGAGGAGGCCACAGCAGCACGAGCAGUAGCACUAGCAGCAGCAUCCAGAGGGGAGUGCACAGACACGCUGCGGCGGCGGAUCACUGAAUUAGAAACAGAAUGCAAGAAACUUACAAUGGACAUCAAGCUAAAGGAGGACCAGAUCAGAGAGCUUGAAUUGAAAGUUCAGGAGCUUCAUAAAUAUAAGGAGAACGAAAAAGACACAGAGGUGCUGAUGUCAGCGCUGUCAGCCAUGCAGGAUAAGACCCAACACCUGGAGAACAGUCUGAGUGCAGAGACCAGGAUCAAACUGGACCUCUUCUCUGCACUGGGAGAUGCCAAAAGACAGCUGGAGAUUGCACAAGGUCAGAUCCUGCAGAAGGACCAGGAGAUAAAAGAUCUAAAGCAGAAGAUAGCCGAAGUGAUGGCCGUCAUGCCCAGCAUCUCCUACACAGCCGACACCAGCAGCAUGACCCCCGUGGCCCCACACUACUCCUCCAAGUUCAUGGACACCAAUCCCUCCGGCCUCGACCCCAACGCCUCCGUUUACCAGCCACUCAAAAAGUGAAUGCUUCGUCCGGCCCCCCGCCCCUCUCCUGCCUCCAUCCUCUCAUCAUUUUUAUUUUUCCUGCAGGCCCACCACCUUCCAAUCUGCUCGGCAUGUCUGCGGCUGAGAACAUUGUUUUUCUUGGGUUUUUAUUUUUCUCCUCGCCAGGUCAGAAGGAUGUUGUAUCGUGUGACUGUAUUUGUUGUAGUUAAAACAAAAGACAAAAAAAACUUUAAACGGACAUCACAUGUCAACUAGGAAGUCCCAGUUUUUUUUUCUCUUAAGUGUCUAGUGAAACCUCACAGAAUCGGGUAUGUAUCUUCAUCUCAAGGGUGUUGCUCUCCCUUUCCCAUCACCACUGCAACCACCUUCAACCAGUUACCUGCUCUUUGGUCCUGGGGAAUAGUUUUUUUUUUUUUUUUCAACUAAAACUUGGAAAACAGAGUUCUCCUUUGAUCAUACAGUCAUACAGCCUGACUUGUAUCUCAAAUUCUUUGACAGAUUAUUUUCUCCCAAGUUAGUAUGGCAGCAUCUGUACAACCAGAGGAAUGUAGUGCAAAGUUGGCACAGACUCUCACCCCUGUUAUGUUUAAUUUAUUUUUUAGGACCCCAAAUUAACCCUGCUCUCAGCUGCUUUAGGGGUUUGGUGGUAAAUAGUUUUUAAAAGUGUAUCGUGUGGUUCUAUUUGUUCACUCUUUAAGAUUCAAAUGUUGAUUUCAACAAGCUGGAAGUGUUGAUUGCAACAAGUUGGAAAAGAUCUUGUGUUAUACGCAGAAAUGAACCCAAGCAGCUCCUAUUGUUUAGCAUCAGUAAAAAACAGCAGUUUGGUUUUCCCCCAAUCUAUUUUCAAAAUUAGGUUUUGAGUAGAACAAAGAGUGCAGUAACAGAAGUAUGUGUAUCGGCUUCUCAGUACUCUGCACAGUUUUUCAUCAGUUGUCAUGAUCACAGUGCCUUGAGUUGAGGACAUAGAGUGAGUAUGAUAAUGAGAUGUGGCCCAGUCCCUCUGAAUUACUUGUGAAGCAUCUGGCUAAGCUGUAAAGGAUAAGAAUUUGACCUCGCCUAGUGAAUGGGGACAAAGUUGCCUUCAGACGCUGAUUUGGCUUUCGGACUCCCUGCUGAUUUCCCAACUGGUAGUGAAGCUGAGCCAUUGUGUCCACUUGAGGGCAGCUUUGUCCCUUUAUGUAAGUCACAAUUCAAAGCUACAUUAGACAACACCAAAUGCAUUGCACAUCUAUUUGCCUAUUGCCAGUAUGUUGACAUGACAUUAGUCACCACAGAGUCUACUGCUCGCAGGUCUCCGGCUCGUCGCAGGUCUCCAGCUCGUCACAUGUCCACUCACAGAAGCUCAUCUCUGCUGUUGUUAAACCCCCAAAUCCAUUGGUUUAGCUGCUGCCUCCUCUGAUCUUUUUGAUUUCCAGUUUAAAGUUGCACUGUUAGAAAACACAUGCUGUUCGAAAGGGAAAACUGUAAAGAUGGACCGUGCAAUGUAAGCAGGGCUUUUUGGAAAAUGCCAAUUUUAUUAUAGCAAAAAUUUUUAUUUAAUCCUCCAAUUUCAGUUUGUGUGCCAAGACUGGGAAUGCUUGUUUCUAUAGAAAUGUGGUGAAGAAUGUACUGCAAAUACAUUGGUUGACGUGUUUGUCAAAUAUCCAGUUGAAUAUCACUUAAUGGAAGUUUCUGUUAAGCAGGUUGAGGAAGUGGUCACCUGUUUGUAGUAGACUGUGUAGUUAAAAAGUAAGGGACUAGAAAGUCACAUUUCUUUUUGUGAAUGUUACAGUAUUUGCAACUGUUGGGGGAGUGGCUGUUUAAAGCAGUUUUCAUUACUCCUGUUUCUGGUAUUAUUGUUAUUUUCCUGCAGGGAGAAAAAUCGCUUGAGUCUGAUGUGGUUUCACCAUCAUCUGAAAUGGUCAUUGUUGUGCGUGUGGUUUUCACCUACUGUAUAUGGAGAAGCUUUUUUUCGCUCAGAUUGCUGUCAUUUGGCUCCUGGAAAAAAAAACAUGUUGUGAAAAUUACAGUUUAGUCAGUUGUUUGGUCAACUGAUUGUUGAAAGUAUAGAGAAGUGUUUUGUUUGUUUUUUGUUUUCUAUGCCCACAGUCACUGCUCUGUUUCUCCCCAGGUCUGACCUUGGCUGUGCUCUCGCUCUGUGAGGUUUACAAGGAAUAAACAUUUUUUUUCUUGCAAAUUGA